AUGGACGAAGGAGACAAAUACACUUACAUGGCAUGCGGUGCCGUCGUAGUGACAGACACUUUCUUCAUGACCCCCAAAGUCCCACAAUUGACGAAACCCAACACAGAGGCAAUGACAGUUGAGACAUCAGAACCCUCGACCAACACGACAGAUGAGACCACACCGUCGGAAACUGCCUCUGAGACAGCAACUGAGGCCUCUGACGACAAUGACCCUCACCCGAGUAGUAACGUGGGCGCAAUGGUUAGCGGUGUUGUUGGAGGCCUGGCCGUGGUUUGUGGAACUGCGAUUGCUACUCUGUACUCGCUACGGAAGAACCGCGAUCACAAACCAGAGACCGAGAAGGGCAUUGCUGAAGCCGCAAGUCCGACAACACUUUCCGAUGACCCCAAAGCGUUGGUAGGAUCGAAUCCGUCAGAAUUACAAGGAACUGCCAUUCACACUCCUCCUCAAUAG